AAAUUUAAAGAAGAAGAAGACCAAACACGGAAGCGCACGUUUGAACAAAAUCAGCUUUGCUACUGCUGUAUUUUACAUGCAUUUUGCAGUAUUUAAUGGGUGUUUUAAAUAGCCCAAGUUUAAGCCGUUUGCGAGUUAUUGUUCUUAUAUUGACUGGAAGCUUUGUAUUGUGUGUCGUCUGGAAUUUGAAGCCUAAAACGCCAGAGAUAUCCACAGAACCGAUGAGUGACCAGACUCUGGAGUAUUUUCUCAGCCAGGGGAAGAUACAGGUGAAGGAUGCAGCAGAUAUUGAAUGGGCCCAUGCUGCCAACAGCAAGACCAAAAUCACAGAGGCACUACAAAGCUCCGCCCACAUGAUUGAGGCAGACCUUCUUCUGAGGAGCCACGACCCUAAAGAGCCAAUCAUGGCUCAUCCUCCUGAGACUGACAGCGAUGUCACGCUGAGUGAUUGGCUGAAGGAGGUCAAGGCGUCAGACAAGGGGAUAAAGCUAGACUUCAAAAGCCUGGCAGCGGUAGCUCCAUCCAUGGUGUUAUUAGACGAGGUUCGGACGGAGCUCCGUGGUCCUGUGUGGAUCAACGCUGACAUCCUGCCAGGCCCUGGAGGCAAGGCCACACCCCUUGACCCCAAAGUCUUCCUGGAGGCAGCUGUGACCCCAGGUUCCCAUGGUGAUGUUCUCUCCCUGGGCUGGACAACGGGCUGGACUGCAGAUACACACAACCCAGGGUACAGCUGGGAGAUGGUGAGGGAGAUGGAGGCAGUGUGUCGGACCCUAAGACAUCCGGUCACCUUCCCGGUCAGAGCAGCCCUCCUACCCCAGUCAUUCUCCCAGCUACACUGGCUUCUACAGCAGUCAGACAGGUACAGCCUGACAGUGUGGACUGGCCACGCUGAUGUCUUAGCUGUAGAGGACCUGCUGCCUUACAGGAGAGACCUCGACAAGAGCAGGAUCUAUUACGACCUGCUGGACUCACAGAGGGCACAGCUCAAAGGACUAAGGGGCUACUGAUCUCCUGUUUUAUUUAUUUUUCUAUUUGUCUUUCUGCAUUGUUGGGAAGGGUCAGCAUUUCGCUGUUAGUCUACUCCUGUUGUUUUACGAAAGGAUGUGAGGAAUAAAAUGUGAUUUGAAUUGAUACCCCCCGGGGGCCUUAUGAUCUAAAAAGGCUAAACUGAUCCUGGAUCAGCGCUUCUGAAUAUUGGGCCCAGAGCUCAGAAGACUCCUAGUCUACUCGUGAAAGGACAACAGUUGUGUAGCCGAAGUGGCACCCUAUUCCUUAUGUAGUGCACUACUUUUGACCGGAGGCAUGGGGAGCAGUGCUUUUCGAUCAGCGGUAGGGAAUGGGGUGACACGCCGGUGAAAGGAGUCCGAUGGAAAUGAUUCUACGCUAAACUAGUUGAAGAGGACUUUAGCACACUGAAGUUUACUGGAGUUACACAAGACCAAUUAACUAUUUAAUAACCGUUCAGAAGUCAAGACAAUAGUUACCAUUUCUGAACUGAAAUCAGGGCCACAUUCAGGAUCACAAUGUAGCAGAAUGUUUUCAGUUUGAACAAAACAUUUACCUUGAACAUUUGGCAAAUAACUAUUUCUGGUAUCAAUGUGUUUUUCAAAUAAUACAUUAUGUGUAAGACGUCACCCUUGAGAUUUCCUGUUCAGCUCAUAAAUACGGAUUUAAUUAGCAGUAAAGGAGCACAACAGAACAAGCGAAAGGAAACACAACUACCUCGUCAAAUGGUGUACAAAACAACCCUGUUGAAUAAAUACUAUGUAAAUACAAUAAUUGGAUGCUCUGAAAUUCUAAUCACUUUCAAACAGAACAUUGCACCUUAUGAUCAAGAAGCUUGAUUGUCUUGUUUUCAUUUUUUGGUGUUUGUUCUUCCCUUUGACGCAUACAUUUUCCUUAGUGAGUUUGAUCUUCGACAGUCAGAGGAGUUCGCUUGAGUCCCAGAUGUGUUUGUGCCGUCUUGCCAACUCCAUUGCUUUCAGUCUGUCAUUGAUUUAGUCAGAGAAUGCCACGCUUCCCUUUCCCUUUGAAGAUCCUGUCUUACAUUUACAUUUUAGUCAUUUAGCAGACGC